CUAAAAUAAAAACACAAAUGCCUUAUCAGAAAGAGUUUACGAGCAGGAAGAAGACGGUGAAGAAGAGUAGAAGAAGAAACACUCUGAUCCGACCCAGUUAGGACUUAGGAGUAGUACCCACUACUAUAAACCUCGGCUUUCAGCCUCCCGAGAAUGGACGGCGCGUUGUCGGCGUCCGAACAGCAGACCUUGGUCGCUUCCUUCCUCGAGAUCGCAGUUGGCCAGUCUGCCGAUACCGCGCGUCAGUUCCUUCAGGCUACAAGUUGGAAGCUUGAGGAAGCACUUCAGCUUUUUUAUGUUGGAAAUGAUGGAGGGGUGGCAGCACCAUCUUCAUAUUCCCCACUGGAGAACACUGCACCUCUGCCUGAUCCCAGCUUGAGUUCGAUCAGUGGAUCUAUAAAAGGCUCGGGAGAUGAAAGUGAAAAGCAAGGUGAUAGAGAUGAAGUACGGCCACCUUUGCCUGUAAUAAGGGAUGUUCUUUAUGACACUGCAGUGAUUCGUGGACUACCCGCAAUGGGAGGUUCAGCACAUGAAGCACGUUCAGUGGUUCCCUUCCGCAAUUUUGAGCAGGAAAUGAAACACCCUGGAGUGUGGGAAACAGACAAAGCAUCUAAUUCUGCAGACAAUCUUGCUUCUUUGUAUCGCCCACCUUUUGCUUUGAUGUACCAUGGAUCUUUUGAAAAGGCAAAAGAUGCUGCUAGAGUUCAGAACAAGUGGCUUCUUGUAAACCUUCAGUCUACAAGGGAGUUUAGUUCACAUAUGCUUAAUCGUGACACAUGGGCUAAUGAAGCUGUUUCUCAGACAAUCAAAACCAACUUCAUCUUUUGGCAGGUGUAUGAUGAUACAGAAGAGGGCAGCAAGGUUCGCACCUAUUACAAGUUAGAUUCAAUUCCUGUGGUUCUGGUGGUUGACCCUAUAACAGGUCAGAAGAUGCGAUCAUGGCGUGGAAUGGUCCAGCCUGAAACUUUGCUGGAGGAUCUGUUACCAUUCAUGGAUGGUAGUCCAUCAGAUCAUGUGAGUCUAUCUCAUAAACGACCUAGAGAAAGUCCUCAAGCACCUCCUCUACAUAAAGAUGAUGCUAAAGAAGAAGACGAGGAACUGCUACAAGCAUUGGCUGCUUCCAUGGAAGGAAUGAAGGAUACUAAUGUAGACGCUUUAAAAGAAUCCAGUGAGAGCGAUGUUUUAGGGAAAGAAACAAAUGUAGUGAAAAAGCCUGUUUAUCCUCCUCUUCCUGAAGAACCCAAGGGUGAUAAGAACCUCGUUUGCAGAGUUGGGAUUCGCCUUCCUGAUGGACGUAGACUUCAAAGAAACUUCUUACGCAGUGAUCCAAUUCAGCUGCUAUGGUCCUUCUGCUCUUCUCAUCUCGAGGAAACUGAUGCAAAGCCAUUUCGCUUGACACAAGCAAUCCCCGGGGCUACAAGUUCUUUGGACUUCGAGAGUAAUUUAACCUUCGAGGAGUCAGGUCUUGCCAACUCCAUGAUUUCGGUAACUUGGGAUUGAUCGAAGAUGAUAACUGUUUGUUUCUCAAGCAUGUAAAAUGCUAGAAUCUUUAUCUUUGUUUCAGCUGCAUCUUGUCACAUUAUGUGUAUAAUCCAAAUUGUUUAUGUCAAGAAUCUGCUGGGCUUUUGAAUGCAGCUUUUCUUGUUGCACUU